GUCUCUGCCCUACAUGAGUCAUACUUCAACGCCAUCCUCUCAUCUUCAGAAGGAUGUUAUACUCGACGUCCAUGCUGAUCAAAUCAAAUCUAUGAAGAAGUUGACUCCAUGGGGCUUCGAGGGCAUCUACUGUAAAACGGAGAAAACAGUCGGACAAUGCAUGGAUCUCUUCUCUCAAGAGCUACCGGUUUACACAGCCCACCUCCCAUCUGAGACGCUCAGAGGUCUGGAGGACAUGUUAGACGACGUGAAUCUCCGGCGGGAUGCCCUUGAGUCAGAAUUAAGAGCAGCACGCAAGGCUCCGCUCUGGAAACGACGAUAUCUGAUCAUCACUACGGCUCGGAAUGAAAACCAGGCAUAUCGGCAAGCUGCAGAGAAGUUCCGGCGUCGUCUUCUUACUGCAUCGGAUUUUGCGAGACGAAAGAAACGCUAUUCGGAGUGUGACGUCGCUAUCGUCCACUCAGAAGACCUUAAGCUUCGCCAUACUGUGACAAAAAAUCACGGAAACCACACCGAAGCCGAAGCAGGCAAUAAUCGGCCGGGCGUAGUUGUUAUGGGCCCGGAUGGGACUUCGCCAACAGUAUUUGAUCUCGCCGCGCCUUGGGACAACAAGAGAGAGACAUAUCUCGACUCCUCUGGGAACGCUCUCUCGAACCCCCUUGACGUGAUUAAUGGUCUGCUUCAACCUCCCGAUGGAGCGCUGGGGCAAGCUGCCACAGCAAUGGGAACCGAUAUAGGACGUGUCGUCGAUAAUGUCUCACGGCCCGAAGAUGAAGCCAGGUUCACUCAAGGCGGAUCCACGCGUGACUCCGAAAACGAGAGCGAUGCAGAGUCCAUAAGCGGUGCCGAGAUUACAGUCUCAUCGGACACUGCAACCUACUCUAGCUCAAUGACACCAGCAGAUCGAGACGCACCUUCGCCAUAUCAAUCCGAGUUCGAGACCAUAGGAGAAGCCCUCAGAUCUCCGACCCCUUUGGAUGAUGACGGGCGAGAAUAUCCAACGAGCCCGCUCCCGACAAGCCCACGGAUCGUUGAUUCGAUUGUGAAGCGAUGGCUAGGGUAGUGCGGCUCAAAAUUUGGCUGCAGUAUUACUAACGAAGUCGUUCCCUGAGAGUGCAGGCAGGCUGGUCUUUGAAUUUAUCCUGAUCAAUCGAUUUUUUUCUUCC